GCCAUUGAUAGCUAGUAGUAAGUUGUCUAGGAGAUACCAGAUAGUGAGCAGGCCGUUUUAAUAAAUAGCAGAUGCCUGCCUAAGAGAGAGAUGCACGUAGGACUAUUAAAUGUGGGUGGGUAUACAGAGUCGCAGCACAAUCAACACGUCGAGCAAGAUGGUUAAAUAAAGGAUGUCUGUGGCUAGCUUUAAGCACGAACCAAUUUCUAACCUAUAUGUGUUUGAUUUCAAAAAUUUAUUUUAAAAUGCUUUAAGAUACUUUUGGUAUACGGCUAAUUUGUUAAAGCAUCGAGAAACAUCAGGAAAACAUGUUAGCGUCAAGUAAAACGUAAUAAUGUGGAUGUUUCGAGCCAAACCUGUAACAUUUCAUUUCGGCAUGUGUAAUCAGGCGUUUAGGGUUAUAAGACAUUUUAGUGGUCAAGUAAAAUCUAAAAAGUUCUUUACUACCCCUAUUUAUUAUGUAAACGCAAGUCCACAUAUAGGUCACUUAUAUAGUUCUGUAAUUGCUGACGCUGCCCAGAGAUGGCAACGUAUUCUCGAAAAAGACUCGACAGUAGUAUUUUCUACCGGCACUGACGAACAUGGUUCAAAAAUUCAGCAAGCCGCCAGUACGAGAGAUAUUUCUCCAUCACUAUAUUGCGCGACAGUAUCAGAGCACUUCAAAAGAUUAGCUGACAAGUUUGAUAUUGGAUACACAAACUUUGUUAGGACCUCUGAAGAAAAACAUAAGAAUACCGUCGUGAAAUUUUGGAAUAAACUAUCAGAAAAGGGACAUGUUUAUAAAUCAUCAUAUGAAGGAUAUUAUUGCGUGCAAGACGAGACAUUUCUAACAGAAACUCAAUUGAAAGAAGUAAAAACAGAAAAUGGGGCAGAUAUGUUAGUUUCCUUAGAAAGUGGGCACCCAGUUGAAUGGACAACAGAAGAAAAUUAUAUGUUUAGGUUGAGUAAAUUUCGAGAGGAUUUGAUCCAUUGGUUGAGAAAUAAUGAAAAUGUAGUUCGCCCAAAGAAAUUCCACAAAAUUCUCCUGGAUAUGUUAAGUAAUGAGCUUCAAGAUCUGUCAAUCUCAAGACCAGUUACAAGGGUACAUUGGGGGAUACCAGUCCCUGAAGAUGAUUCUCAAACGGUUUAUGUUUGGCUUGAUGCUCUUAUAAACUAUUUGACAGCUUCUGGCUUUGGUAAAGACGAAGGAGUAUUUAGUCGGGCAUGGCCGCCUGACGUUCAAGUAAUCGGGAAGGAUAUCUUGAAAUUUCAUGGGAUUUAUUGGCCAGCGUUUUUGUUGGCCUCGGAUCUAGAGCUACCAAGAACUAUUUUGUGCCAUUCCCAUUGGACGGUAAAUGACGAAAAAAUGUCAAAAUCUAAAGGCAAUGUAGUUUGUCCUUUUGACAGAUCUCAUACUUACUCUACCGAAGGUUUGAGAUAUUUUCUCUUGAGAGAAGGCGUCGCACAUAGUGACGGAAAUUAUAGCGAUACGAAAGUGCUGCGUAUAUUAAACUCUGAACUAGCUGACACCUUGGGGAAUCUACUAAACCGUUGUACGGGAACUGUCUUAAAUCCGCGCCAGAUUUUUCCUAAAAUAGAUCCUCAAGCCUUGGCUGCAGCAAGAUCUGUAAAUGUAACAAACAAUCUUAUAAACCAAGUUAUGAAUCUUCCAGAGAUAUGUCGAGGCCACUAUGCAGAUUUUAACUUCUACAAAACAGCUGACGCAAUAAUUUCAACAUUGCAUACCGCAAAUCUGUUUUUCGAAACGUUGCGACCAUGGGAACUGAAGAAAAAACCGGACGCUCAACGAGAACUGGAUGUCGUCCUCCAUUUGACCUUGGAAACGUUGAGAGUCGCAGGGAUUUUGUUGCAGCCCAUGUUGCCGAGACUUUGCGAAAAAUUGUUGGAUAAAAUCAAUGUUGGGAGGGAAGAGAGAUAUUUUGAGGAUUUGAAAGAGCUGUCAUGGGAAAAGAGUGAGUUUGAAGAGAAGAAGUUGACUCCUGGGAAAAUAACGUUGUUCAAGAGGAUAGUGUUGGAGAAAGAUUCGGCUGUGCAACGGGGAUAGAUUGAUGUAAAGUGUAACCUUGAAGAGGCCUUUUGACGCCUUGUACUGUAUUCCAUGAAUACAUCUUUGUUAUUGUGUUGUAAUAAAGUGUUUUAUAUAGUUUUUCUA